UAAUUUAAUAACAAUUAUGGUGAUUCACACAGUUACUAUUUAAUAAACUGCGUAAGUUAAUUUUUGUCAUUCCUCUCGACUAGUUAUCCAGAGUAACACGAGGUAUUUCAAGAUGGGGCUUCUAAUGUUCGAUAAAUCACCAGGAACAUUGCGGGAAAAGAAACAGAGGUCAGUAUCGAAGCGUACAUUUUUUUUAAUUGUGAGUGUUGGAUUAGUCUGUUCAAUUUUUCCAAUUAAUACUUCAGCGGCUGUUGUUGACACUACACGAAACGAUGUGGCGGCAAACAAAUGUACUGGUAACGCAUGUGCCAUAGAACAAUCAGAAACCGCCGCACGAAUCUUAAAAUACCAUGAUGCCAGUAUUAAGCCCUGUGACAAUUUUUACCGAUUUGCAUGCGGUAAUUACAAAAAAACUGAUAAAUCUAACGAUUACGAUUAUCUUGAAUCACAAAAACAUGAUUAUCUUGAGAAGUUGAUUCGAAAAGGAAUCUCUUCAGACUUCAAACCCUACAAACUUAUCGACGAUACUUACAAAACAUGCAUCAAUGAAAAUGCCAAAGGGCCACAAGCUCUAGAUCUGUUAAAACGUACGAUGAAAAAAUUAGGCAAUUGGCCUAUUUUAGAAGCUAAUUGGAAGGAAUCCACUUUCAACUGGAUUGAUUUCACCGGUAAUGCUAAAAAAACUGGUUACAAUAUCAAUUAUUUCUUAGAUUGGACACCAAAGCCUAUAUAUAGUAGUUCACGUAGAAGUUUAAUAUAUUCUGUUACGAUGGCUGAUACUCAUUUCGAUCCCUCUUUGCCCGAGAAAACUACCUCGCAAAAACGAGCUUAUUCUGAUUACAUGGUAAAAGUAGCACGACUCCUUGGAGCGAAUGGUGGUGACUUGGCAAAGGACAUGAAAGACGUAUACGAUUUUGAAGAACAAUUUUCAAAAAUAAAUGUUGGGGACCAUCCUUAUCAGACAGAUAAUUUCACUAUGGUAGAAUUACAGAAGCAAUGGCCGAGCAUCGAGUGGAAGCGAUUUGUUGACAAAUCCCUGAUUCCGUUUGUGGAUGCCAAUGAAAAGCCUAUUUUAACUGUUUGGAAUUCUACUACUUUAACAAAGUUCGUACAUCUAAUGAAAAAAACUCCAACACGUGUGCAAGCAAAUUACGCCAUUUGGAAAAUGGUUCAAUACUCAGCUCCCUAUUUGACUGGAGAAUUUAGGGAAGCCCGAAAAACGUUUUAUAAACAAGUAGGUUACGUUGGCAUUCCAGCCGAUGACGAUUGCCUGGAAUUGACUAUAAAGUACGCAGAAUAUGCCGCCCAAUACUUAUAUUUAGAUCAAUAUAAAAGUAGUCAGGCACUCGUUAAAAAUAUGAUUGGAUCUAUUAAAACUGAAAUGAUCAAUUUGAUAAAAGAAUCUAAAGUUUUGAAUGCCAAAGAUAAAAAUGAAGGAAUAAAAACUCUUACAGAAAUGCCAUUUACUAUCGGGCCGUCGGAAAAAUUGUCUGACCCAAAAGAACUUGAAAAAUUCUACGCAAAUGUACAAGUUGUCAAAGAUAACUUUUUGCAGACGAUCUUGAACUUGAAUCUAUUCAAAAUGAAAAAGGACUUCAGCAUUAAAAUACAAUCAGAAAUCGCUCUAUACGGCGUUGCUCGGUUAUAUAACACAGCACUCCCGGAAGUAUUCGCUGGUCGUCUACACAUACCAACUUCGAUGAUUCCCAGCCCAUUAUUUAACGAAAAUCGUCCAAUGUACAUGAAUUACGGUUCAAGUGCGUCCUACAUUGCAAUUAAUAUCGCCGAAGCUUUGGCUGAUAUUGGAAGAAGUUGGAAUCAAGAUGGAACCCCACUUCCAAAUGACCAACUCGAUUGUUUCCGUCGUCAUUAUGAGGAUUUGUCUGACGAGACAAGGAAACAAAGACUCCGUCGUAAUAAAUUCGAAGAGGAUUUGAUCCUCCAAUAUAUCGGAUUUCGGGCAUCUCGAAAUUCUUACAAGACUUAUGUCGCCAAACAUGGCAUCGAAAAACCCCUUCCAGGAUUAUCAUAUCCCCCGGAGCAGUUAUUCUGGAUAUCUUUCACUCAAUCGUAUUGUUCUACAUACGCAGAUUUAGCUAAAGCCCGUGAUAUUAACAACAAUCAGUUCAAUACUUUCGAUUACAUAAUGAUGAAAAUUUUAUCAAUUGUACCGGAAAUUUCAUCAGAUUUCCAAUGCCCUAUGGGUUCUAAUUUGAACCCCGCAAAAAAAUGUUCCUGGUGGUAAUUUCAAUGAACUUUUUAUUUCAAAAUUUUAAAAUAGUCUGCCCAGGUUGAAAAAUUAGAUCUGUUUAAAAAUAAAUGAUAAAUUCAAAUGUUUUUCAUUUAAUUUAGGUUUUUAAAUCAUACUUAUUUCAUAUGGGAAUUUAAUAAGUUUUUGUCGCCCGAAAGUAACUCUACUUUAGUACUAAAAUCCUCAAUGAGAACUAUGAGGUCUAGAUGCGAAUAAUUUAUCGAUUUUAAAUUAUAAUUAAGACCUGAAAAUCCUCAACAAAUGGAAAGUUAUAAUUCGGACAUCGGUUCAAAUGCGAAUAAAAUUAUUCCUGUAUGUUUUGAGUAUUUUGAGGCUCUAAUCCAAAUUAUGUUAUCCCAGUUUAGUCCUCAAAGUUGUAAAAUGGGUCGUAACUACUACUUUGAGGACUAAACUAGGAUAACUUUCUAUACUGCUGUCAAUCUUAAAAUUCUAAAUUAAUUCCUCAAAAACCUCAUUGAUAACUUUGAGACUUACAUCCGAAUUUGGUUUUUGACUCGGGUAAUCAAUUCUGUACCUUGACAGUUAUUGGCGUAACUAGUAGGGUAAGUGAUUCAUAAUGUGUCAGCGCUAAAGACAUCGCGGGUGACGGAUUAUGACUUACCCUACAUUUUGCGCCCAUAAUUUUAUUCAACUCAUGUGCACUAUUCACGUUUUAUUAAUCGCCUAAAAAGCAAAGUCUCAAUAGUUGUUUAGUGACAUAGUAAAAAAAACAUUCGGCAUCACAACCUCGGCUACUCAAUGGGUAACAACAAGGAGUUGUAAUUACCUAAUAUUUAGUAAGAGCUCGAAAGAUAGUUACGUUUAUUUUCAUUACGUCACAAUGGCCGGGAUGGUAGACAUCUUUACUUCGUUUUGACAAAUAAUUUUUCACCAGUCGGUAAACGGCCAUUUAGGGUUCGGAUUUUAGGCAUGAAUAAAAUAUUUUUUAUAAAUGAAUAUAUUACAAGUCCAUAAUUCAAUCUAGUUUUGUCUGUCUGUAACGCAACUAAAUUUUAAAACAACAGAUCAAAAACAGCUUAAAAUUCUAAUAAAAGAUCAAAAACAGAUCAACUGUUUCAAAUACAUACCAAUUAGUCCAAAUAAAGUCCAGGUAGACUAAAAUCAGAUCAAAUUUUCCGACCCGGGUAAAUAAUAAUGAGCAUUGUUUUGCAUAAUCCUUGACACUAUAAUUAUUUGAUGUGUAAUAAAAAAAUAUAAAAAAUAUUACGAGAUAUAAAUCAGUUGAAAGAAAAGUAAUUGUAUAAUGAUUCUUAUAUAAAUAAAAAUAUUUUAACUGUAUGA